AAUAAAGAUGAGGAUGACAUAUCCACCACCAGCAGCAGGCAGCAGCUGUAUCGGUAUCGCCUGUCGUCUCCGAGCCCGAGAUCAUCAAAUCAACGAAACAGGCAAAACCAGAAACGAAAUUGAUGCCGGUCUUCAAAACCCCUUUUAAUGGCUAUGCCGUUAAGUUCAGCCCCUUCUACGAGAACCGCCUCGCCGUCGCCACCUCGCAGAACUUCGGCAUCCUCGGCAAUGGGCGCGUCCACGUUCUCGACCUCACACCUGCUGGCCCCAUCGCCGAGUUCUGCGCCUUCGAAACCGCUGAUGGCGUCUACGACUGUACCUGGUCCGAGGACAACGACAACCUACUCGUCACAGCCGUCGCCGAUGGCUCCGUCAAGCUCUGGGACCUCGCUCUUCCACCCACCGCCAACCCUAUUCGCUCCCUCCAUGAACAUUCCCGCGAAGUCCACUCCGUCGACUGGAACCCUGUCCGUCGCGACUCCUUCUUGACCUCAUCCUGGGACGACACUGUCAAGCUCUGGACCGUUGACCGCCCUGCCAGUGUUCGCACCUUUAAAGAACACGCCUACUGUGUGUACUCCUCCGUCUGGAACCCUCGCCACGCCGACGUAUUCGCCUCUGCCUCCGGCGACUGCACAGUCCGCAUCUGGGACGUCCGGGAGCCGGCCUCGACCAUGAUACUCCCCGCCCACGAGUUCGAGAUUCUCUCCUGCGAUUGGAACAAGUACGACGAUUGCGUAAUUGCCACCGCCUCUGUCGACAAGUCUAUCAAGGUUUGGGAUGUGAGGAGUUUCCGUGUUCCAAUCUCCGUGCUUCAAGGGCACACUUAUGCCGUCCGGAGGGUGAAGUUUUCGCCGCACCGGGACAGCCUGAUUGCUUCCUGCUCGUAUGACAUGACAGUCUGCUUGUGGGAUUACCGGGUGGAAGACGCGCUUGUUGGGAGGUACGAUCAUCACACUGAGUUUGCGGUGGGCGUCGACAUGAGCGUUCUUGUGGAGGGGCUUUUGGCGACCACCGGCUGGGAUGAGCUUGUUUAUGUUUGGCAGCACGGAACUGACCCAAGAGCGCCUUGAAGGGAGAAUCCUCUUUUCCUUCUGUUGUUGUUAGAAGAAAAGCGGAAAUGAGCAGAAGUAGCAGCUGCAAACAAGAAGGGUAACUGCAAUACUUGUUGGAAAUUGGGGAGUCUUAUCGGGUAUGUUGUAUGUUAUUCUCUUGCAGAAUAAUUGGGAUUUUUGGUUGUUCAGGGAUAUUGAUGAACAAAUAACUGAAUGAUUGAUUUGUAUGAUACUCCCCCCAGUAUAUUGAAUUGCAAUAAAAAUGAGUUUUCUUCUUUCUUUUUAUCA